AUGGCUGCAUGCGCAGAAGACCUGGGGUAUGCGCCCGCGGGCGCCGGUCUUGAUCGUGCGGAGCAGCCCGCGACAUGCUCUUCCAACACCGACACUAACUACCAACCCGCUCCCUCGCCGUCCCCAAUCCACCCUAUCUCUCAGCUCCAAGGCCCCUUUGAAGAGUCAAUAGCUGAAGCCGCUGAUGGUGCUGGGAGCGAGUGGGUGGUGGAACUGGAUGCGCAGACACGCCGGCGAGAUCUACUGGAAAAUGACGAGUACGAGCGGCUGUGUGCGAGGAAAUGGCGGCAGAGGGCCUCCGAAAGAUACCAUCCAUUCUGGAAGCUGGUCUCCCAGAUGGUCUUCGGCGUGCAUCUCCUAGCCAAACGACAAGCGAAGUCUCCAGCAGCAGUGAUGCAUAUUCUGCAGGGCCACGUCGACGAGCUGGAUGGCUUUCUCCAACGUACCACGGAGGACUUCCUGAUCAUCCACCUGGACGUCCGUACGCGCAUCCAGUAUCUCAGUCUGCCGCUCGGAAACCUUACCGCGUUCGACGAGAUGCUCGAGGACCGCAAUUUCCGGCUCGCCCUGGUGUCGUAUAACGACCAGAUCGAGCAUGCCGUCGAGAGAUUCACGCAGGCCAUUAUCGACGCGGUCAAGGAUCUACGGAAGGCGAAAGAGGCGAUGGGAGUCUUGUGGCACUAUCUCCUGCAACUUGGGAAUGAGGGGUGUUUCGAGACGGAUAGCCUGCAGGCCUUCUAUCAGACCAUGAUGGAGAACAUGGAGGGUUGGAUCAUGGCCUUGUCCAAGCUCCGCGGACGUGGAGCGGCGCUUCAGAAGGCACUUGGCCAGCUGGCCUUUGCAGUGACUGAAAUGCAACGGCGGGUGGGUGUGGCGAGUCGGAAGGAUGUGCGAUCCCUCGUCAAAAUGGCAAACAGAGCCUCUGCUCGACCUACGGCGGCCCGACAAAGUCUUUUUACAAGGAAUCCAGGCCGACGCCCCUUAUCAGAAAAGCCGCUCCCUCGCGAUCCAUUCUUGCAGCCCAAGGCUCGUCCCGCCUCCCGAAAGCUCGACGACACUCUCGUGGCAGGAAAGGGCAGUGGUGAUGGCAAUGGGGGAACCAGCGCGCCCAAGGUCUCCAAACGAGAGAGUAUAAUGCCCAAAGUCAUCAGCCGUGCCAAAUCAUGCAGUGCACUUGUGGGAGAAACCGGCAGCGGUACAGACGAUACAGCGCCUCCUCGAACGCCAUCACGACUCACCAGGAAACUCUCGCGGCCCUUCCUCCCCAAGCGGUCCGUCAGCGAGAAGAUCGACACCACCACCACCAACCGGCCAUCGACGGCACCAGUCCGAACCCUGAAAUCCCGCAGCGCCUCGAUAGAGGGGCUCAAAGUCCUAUGGGCUAAUGGCCGGCCGCGCGCCCAGCAAUCAAUGGCGAAACCACCUACACAGGCGCGGCCACAAACUUCCCAGCACCAGCACCAGCACCAGCAGCAACCCGACGGCCUAGACACGUUGAAAGACCAAAUCUCGCACUUCCUCAAGACAGAUCGCGUCGUCGAAGCGUGGGACAAUAUCACCAAAAGCGCAAACUGCUGCGGCACGACGCUCGCCAAAACUAAAGAGUGGCCGAGCAGCAUCUUCCGCGCAAAGUCGACCGAGAGCUUCCGCGCGCGCCCUAGCAACGGCUUGUCGGGUGCAGACCUCGAGCGGCAGAUGUCCUGGGUGCAGGAGCCGGAGUUUCUGAACACGUACUCGCUCAAGCAGCGGCCGGCGACAUCGCCGCGGAUCCAUGUGUUGUCUAUUGCAUUGGACGAGGAGCUGGAUGGCGGUUUUGGUGUGCAUGUGGGCGAUGAUGUGGGCGAAGCUGGUGAGACGGGGUCAAUCAUUACUGCGCUCCCGGCUGUGCCGCCUCCAACGCCUGCGACUAUCAAGUCCGUCGCAGCUGAGGAAAGACCGCGGACGGUUGCUGCGCAGGCGUGA